UCGGGGAAAUGGGCCGACCCGCCGCGGCGGGCCUGGCGAGGGCGCUCUGCGGCCCCGCACUAACAGCUGCAGUCGCGGGAGAAAGCUCGGAAAACACAACAAAACGAAACGAAACAAAUCCCCAAAGAUUUCUGGGCCUGGACUCCGCCCCCAGAGCCACUAGCGCGGGGACAGGCGCAGCAGGUGUCGUUACCAUCCCGGGUCUCCUCGGAGGAGAGGGAGGCUCGGGGUGGCUCAGCGGCCUCCGCGGCCCGGGAACCCAGGCCCCGGCGUCCUCGGUCAGCCCCACCCCGCCCCCACCAGGGGGUUUCCUCCGCAAGGAUGCCCGCCAUCGCGGCACCUGCUCCGGCCUGGCCUGGGGGACAAUGCCACGUGCCCUGCACAGCCGAGGGACCGGGCAGCGGGUUUUGACGCCCCCUUGGCUUGCCCGGGAGGGUGUCGUGUGCGCAGGCGCAGUCCGUGGACCUCAGGCUCCGCGCCUACGGGGACCCGCGGGUCCCCAUCCCUGCUGCCUGAGCUGGAGCACCGAGGGACACCGAGUCUUCAGCCGCAGAUCUUGUGCAGCCGCACUGGGCUCAGUGACCUGUGAGAGCUUUCCAGGGCGGGACCCCCUGGGCCUGAGGGCUGCUCCCACUCCACUGGGUUCAUCUCGACGGGUCCUCCUCCGGCGUCCACUCUUCUUCAGAAGAACGCGUCCUGGAUGGAGGGACCUCCUCGAGCCUAGGUCCCGGAACACAAAUGGCACACGGAGCAGGGCUGGGGACGCCUGAAGACACCAUAUAACAUGAGUGAAAAUAAGCCUUUGUUGCUAUGCUGGUUGCUUUCUUUGUGAUUGCCCCCAACUGGAAGCAACCCAAUCAGCCAACCCAAUGGAUAAACAGAUGUGCUGUAUUUGCGAGAGGGAAUCUGCCACGCUGUGAAAAUGAAGGGGCUACGGAUACGCAGGACGCCAGGCCUGAGCUUCCCAGACAGCACACGGAGCGCAGGAAUCCGCCUUCAGCCAACGCAGACUGUAUGACUCCACUUACGUGACGUUCCAGAACAGGCGAAGGUACUCUCUGGCGACAGAAAGUGACUCACGGUUGCCUGCAGCUGGAAGGCUGACAAGGUGGGGGGGGAGGGGCACUCGGAACAUUUUGGAGGACGGAAAUGUCCUAUCUGAUGGUUGAGGCAUGCGGUGGUCAAAACGUAUAGAACCAGAUACUCGAAGCGGGUGCCAACGUUGCACUGCCCGAUAA